ACAAGAAGCACUUUGUCUCGGCGCGGGGGGGUGUUGACAGGAACAAGAGGGGGAGGUUUCUGGGGGGGGGGGAGACUGAAUUGGACUGGGCCGGGUUCACUCGCACCGCAGACCCUGCAGCAGGACUUUGGACAAGCGCAGGCCCGAGGACAGGACCGGAGGGCACGAGAAAGGGGCUCAACGUGGUGGUGGUCGUGGAGGUGGAGGUGGAGGUGGUGGUGGGGGGGGGACUUUCGGAUAGGGGAUACAGAGAGGGACACCGGGCGGGGAGGGUGUCCGCAUGAUUCCUCACAGCCGGGCUGUAAUGAUGGUGGUGAUGCACCGGGACCAGUGCGGCAGAUUCCUGCAGAUCCCGACACACUGCACCACAGACCCGCAACCGAGUGUGAGCUGCUGCAGGGUUAGACGCUCCUGCUUCUCUCCAUCGGAGCCUCACCAACGGAACCCGGUUUUCCAGACCGAAGCGUGACCCGAACAACCGGGUAACCGCCUGCCUCGACAGCCUCCAUUCAUACUCCACCACCCCGGUCUGCAGAGGGGGUGAGGGGGGGGGACGGGGACGGAGAAACCGCGUCUUCCUGCAACGGUUCCAAUUUGCAUGCACCGAUUGUUUUGAUCUGUGCAAUAGACAAGAGGAAGGUGUGUGUGGGGGGGAGAAGAUGUUGGUGCGAUGCUACCGGGGCAAGCUGUCGGUGUGGGCCGCGAUGUGCGUGCUGGUGCUUUGCUGGUUUUACAUUUUCCCCGUCUACAGACUGCCACGCGAUAAAGAAAUAGUGGAAGAGGUGCUGAGGCAGGGGGACCUAUGGCAGAAGAACCAGACGGGAAUCGAGGACUUCAGGAAGCUGCUGACGGAGUGCUGCGAGCCACGGAAGAGGUUUGCGGUAACCAAGGAGAACUCGCCGAUGGGCAAGGUCCUGUGGUACGACGGGGAGUUUUACCACUCGCACGCUGUCAACAAUGAGACUUACCCACUCCUUGUGAAGGACAACCCUCUGCAACUGCCGCUGAAGAAGUGUGCAGUGGUGGGCAACGGCGGCAUCCUCCGGCGCAGCAAAUGUGGACGCAACAUUGACCAAGCCGAUUUCAUCUUUCGGUGCAACCUUCCACCACUGUCUAAGGAAUAUGUGGAGGACGUGGGAAUCAGAACUCACCUGGUUACAGCCAACCCCAGCAUCAUUGAGAAAAGAUUCCAGAACCUCCUGUGGUCGAGAAAGGUUUUUGUGGACAGUAUGAAGGUCUACGGCUCCAGCUACAUCUACAUGCCGGCGUUCUCCAUGAAGACCGGCACCGACCCGUCUCUGCGGGCGUAUUACGCCCUGGCGGACACCUCUUCCAACCUCACCAUGCUCUUUGCCAACCCCGAAUUCCUGCGCACGGUGGGAAAGUUCUGGAAAGCCCGCAGCGUGCACGCCAAGCGCCUCUCCACGGGACUCUUCCUGGUCAGCCUGGCCUUGGGGCUGUGCGAGGAGGUGACGGCCUACGGCUUCUGGCCGUUUUCCGUCGGCCUGGACGAGCAGCCGGUCAGCCACCAUUACUACGACAACAUCCUGCCCUAUAAGUGGUUCCACGCCAUGCCGGAGGAGUUUGUCCAGCUUUGGCACCUGCACAAAAGCGGCACGUUGCGCAUGAGACUGGGACUCUGCCCCCGUCAAGAAGGAGGGAGUUAGAGCUUCCGGGGCGAGUGAAGCCAGAGCGGCCGGUUGGAGUAAAGUGGGUGAAGACAUUUGAAUUGUGAAGCGGCAGGAAGUGGGUCGUCACAGGGGCGCAUAUUUGCCUUGAGGAACCUCGACACUGCAUCUGUGUCCAUACUCACUCCUGCUGUCCCGCCAGCUAAUCCCUUAUUACCAUGAGAAUGUCCUCCACCCAGACCAGCAGCAUCAGGGAGAGGACACACACACACACAUGCAGCCAAAGACACACACAUUCUUGCCAUGUCUCUUCUCCUCGUUCGUGAAAUUGUGGGCGUGUAUGUGCACGCGUGUGUUUUGUUUGUGGUUGGCCUCAGCUGGGACUGAAAAUGUGAGGUUGGUUGGGUGGGGGAUGUAUUUUAUUUAAAUUUAGUUUCUGUAUCUGACUGACAUAUGAGGCAGCUGGACCAAACCCCCCUCGGGGUCUUGUCAAACAGAGACAGAAGGAGUGGAGGACCACGGGCAAUAAUGAAAGGCACUGAAAGACUGUCGAAAUACGAGGAACAAGGGAGAGAUAAUGGCGUCCUGGUACCUAGUAGCUUGAAUAGGACCAAAAUUUAAUGGAGGAAAAGAAAAAAGACUGGCAGGGGGGGGAGAGGAGUGAAAGCAGGCUGGUAUGUGUAUGAAUGGAUUAUUCUCUCCGCUUUUCUUCAACCGAGCGUUUGCUUGGCAUUCUCUGGUUCCAAAUAGAGCUUUACUUCAAAGCAGGAGUCAUUAGAAAUGGAGUCUUAAGUCCUUGAAUGUUUACCCAAGUUGCAUAUGAACUUGUCACUGAAAAGGGGAAAGGAGUCCAUUCUGGUGUCCACAUAUUGUUUGGGUUUGCCAAAUGGGAUUUUCAGGAUUAAUGUGAAUUUCUUUUUUCUUCUUUUUUUAAGGUGCAUCAAUGGCUACGAAGAGAAGGUAUAAUGUCUUUUCAAUAUAUGUAAUCAGAAAUUAAUUUAUUUUGCAAACAAACCUCACACAGAGGUACCUCAUUUCAAAGUGGAGAUCAUCAUCGGCUGACUAUUUGGUACAAUUGACUCCUAAGAAGGCUCCUUAGAGGGGACCGCUACCAAGUCAUCUCGUGGAAUCUGGACUAUAUGUGCCAAGCCAAGGGAACAGUGGUCUCUUUGAUAGCCACGCCAGCACUGUCCUUGUGCUCUAAAAGUCUAGACACUGAUAUAAAGAGAGGUAGUGGCAGAAAAAAAGACUGGAUGUCCCAAAGGGGCAUUUUAAUGGGUGAUUUUUUUAUUUUGCAGAAGGGAAAAACGACAACAUGCCAACACAACAGACACGGCAGUUGUUUUGUUUUCUACACUCGCAGGCCUUGUAGAUGGAAAAGGUCAUUUGAAAUGGUUUCUUUUCUAAACCUGUUAUUUAAGAGUGAUAAAUGUGAGCGUGCCAUAUUGUGUACCGCAAUCCUUGAAAAUACUCCUUGGACUCAAGGUAGAGAACAUGUGGAUAGUUUAGUGCUUUUAUUUUGCUCAUUGUUCAUUGGUCAGUGUUCAUCAGGCUCACCGAAACUCGAGCCAGAUGAACACUUUGAACUCCCCCCUCCACCCACGUUUUACUUGUGGUGUUUUAUUAUUUGCACCGUUUAUUAUUUUCUCUCCCCAGUAUUGCGAAUGAGUGAGAUGUGACUGAACUUUUGAGAAAGAAAACGUGCAUGUGCUUUCGGUACACAGAUUUUGUAUCUAUUUCCAUUACGUUCUGAUUUCCUGUCCUCAUUCCAUCCUAUCUGAGUGAUACAAGAAGCUGAAGUUUCUUAUCAGAAGGCAGAUCUAAUCUGUCAUGUAAAUAUUGGUCUGUUAGUGUAUUGGAAAAUUGGUUUGAGAUCUCCCAAGCUCAACAAGUUCUUUAAAAUUAUACUUUUUCAAAAGCUACUUGUGAGCCAAAUGAACUGCAGUUGUUUCCACCCAGAAAGCAUCUUAACAUUGUUAUGCUGCGCUCUUCCUGCUACAACCUGCACAGCUUGCAUCUCUGUGCAACUUGAUACUUAAAGCACUAAAGUGACCACCAUACAUUUUUAAAGGUUUUUCUUAUUGAUCUACAGUGGAAGAACAUGUAAGAGCAAUAUGAUCACCAACGAGGGCAGCAUAUCAUCAGCGCUGUUGUUUUUUACAUUUCAAUCACAGGUUUUCAUAACAAUGGUUGAACACGCCAACAUGUGCUCUGCCGUUGUGUUUUAUCAUAUAUUGUCAGUAUCAAAUUUCAGAAAAUGAAUGGAGAUUGUGCGACAUUUUGGGAAAUGCACUUAUUAGCUUUCUUCCCAAGAGUUAGAUGAGGAGAUUGAUACACUCCGUCUGAAUGGUAAAUAUGCAGCUUCAGCCAGUUAGCUUAGCAUAAGGACUGGGGAACGGUUGGCCUCCAAAGCUCACUAGUUAGCAUUUCUCAGUUUAACUUGGAAUUUACAUUUAAAAGCGAGAUGACCGCAGAAAUUGACUAAACUAUACAAAUAUUCAAAUUAUUAAAUUAUAAAUAUAGGCCCCACAGGAAGAAAUCUGCACUGACUUUAUUCGGGGUGUGGAAUCUGCCUGCCGAGCUCAUGGCCACACUGGAAGCCUUGAUGAUAAGUAAUUAAUGAUCAUUUUGUAAGUAAGAUAAUACAUCAUUUCAGAGCAUAUAAAUACAACACUAGCUGUUUCCCCCUGUUUUCUUGGUGUCCCUUCAUAUUUAGUAUAGCACAUGUAAAAAUCAUAAUGUAAAACUAUUUCUUUAAAGUGUUAGCAUGUGGUCAGAGGAGGGAAGGGAAAAAAAGCUGAACAUGACUGAAGGAAAUGGAGCAUGGCGCGUACACAAUGGCAGCACUGUCCAUUUUCUUGCACACUCUUAUGUGGCUACAGUGUGACCAAUUUGGUGUCCCAUGUUUGAUCCCCGUAGCGGCCAUGUUAUCGGCUACACUGUCCUUAAGCAAGGCAUAUAAAGAUUAUAUUUCCCCUCGUGAUAAUGCCUUCUACUGUUCGUGCUGAUGUCUUCGUGCAGGUUUAACACAGCAGAGUAGAGAUCCGAUCAUUAGAAGCAAAAUCUGUCUGUCAUUUCUUCGUGUGUGAGGACAUGCUGUGUCACAAAUGACAACCUUAAUAUGAAGCGGGUCAAAUAGUAAAUGCAAAUACAUGUUGGUAUUUUCUUUGAAUCUGAUGAAACUACUGAAUGUUCAGGCGGAAAAGAAAGAGUUAAAGCUGCGAUAUGAGGGAUUUUAACUGGGAUUAUAUCAUCUUUCAAAUAAUUUCAUUUUUUGUUUGUAAAAUACAAGACCAUUUUGGUGAAUAUUGGUGCAGUCUACGAGCUGCUUGCUGCCCGUUCCUCUUUAGUCUAUUUGGGUGACCUAGUGGAUGGAGGGGGAGAGUGACAGCAUUACUGUCUCUUUUUAAAAAAAAUAAUAAUAAUUUUCUACCACGGUCCUGCCAAAGUCAUACAUUUUCAAAUUCUACACAGCUUUUAAAAAAGAUUAAAUUAAACAAAUAGUCAAACAUUUUGAUUAUAUUUUAGGUUACACGAUACGAUUAUUCUCCGAUAGAUAAUUGACACAAUUUGGUUUUUUUUUUUAUUCAGUAAAUUAGGUUAAAACUAAUACGAAUAAUUUGUAAAGACUGUUUGACUCGUUUUGUCUUAAUGCCGGUCCAGAGGGCUCAACAUUCCUACUUGUUUAAAUAUUUGAUGUUAUGCCAAGCUUGUUUUUUUCCAAACCGGUGUAAAUGUGCUUUAUUUAUCUUGACUGGCUGAAUUUG